GUCGGGUAACGGCAUACUUUUUGUAUUCAAAACGAUUUGUCACUGAGCGUUGCUUUUUCUCUUCUCACUGUGUGUAUUUUAGCAAAUUUUCCACAAAUUUCCUUGUGAAAAUGGAUUCAAGUGGUGCCCAUGGGAAUCAUAAAUCAAAGGGCAAUCAGAAUAUACAAGUUUAUUUGCGAGUUCGCCCCCUCUCAAUCCGGGAACAAUCUCUGCGCACCAUUGAGAUCGUUGAUGUACCAUCGGCACGAGAUAUCCAAAUCCGGCAAUCCUACGAUGCGAAAAUCACGAAGAAAUUCACCUUUGAUCGUGUCUUUGGGGCGGAUUCCAAGCAAAAGGAUGUCUACAGCAAUGUCGUAGCCCCCUUUAUUGGGGAAGUCUUGAGCGGAUACAAUUGCACUGUGUUCGCCUAUGGACAAACGGGUACGGGGAAAACCUUCACAAUGGUCGGGGAUGACUCAACGGAGCUGAGGACAUCGUGGGAGGAUGACUGCCCCAUGGGAAUCAUCCCGAGGGCAGUGGUGCACUUGUUUGAUGAGCUACGAAUGAUGGAUGUGGAAUUUUCAAUGAGAAUUUCCUACUUGGAGCUGUACAAUGAGGAGCUCUGUGAUCUCCUUGGGACAGAUGACAGCCUCAAAAUUCGCAUUUACGACGAUUCAUCCAAGAAGGGAUCAGUCAUUGUCCAAGGACUCGAAGAGAUUCCCGUGCAUAGCAAAGAUGAUGUCUACAAGCUCCUUGCCAAAGGCCAAGAACGUCGCAAAACAGCAGCAACACUCAUGAAUGCCCAAUCAUCGCGCUCCCAUACGGUCUUCUCAAUUUUGGUCCAUAUAAAGGAGAACGGCAUCGACGGGGAGGACAUGCUGAAGAUUGGAAAGUUGAAUCUCGUAGAUUUGGCCGGGAGUGAGAAUAUCACAAAGGCUGGAAAUGAGAAGGGAAUCCGUACGCGUGAAGCUGUUAACAUUAAUCAAUCCUUACUGACGCUGGGACGUGUUAUUACGGCGCUGGUGGAACGGCAGCCACAUGUGCCGUAUCGUGAAUCAAAAUUGACACGAUUGCUCCAGGAGUCCCUCGGUGGGCGCACAAAGACGUCAAUAAUUGCGACAAUAUCGCCGGGAAGUCGGGACAUGGAGGAGACACUGAAUACCCUUGACUAUGCGCAUCGUGCGAAGAAUAUCCAGAAUCGCCCGGAGAUUAAUCAGCGGCUCACAAAGAAGACUGUCCUGAAGGACUACACGGAGGAGAUUGAUCGCCUAAAGAGGGAUCUCAAUGCAGCACGCGAGAAGAAUGGGAUUUAUCUGCCGGAUGAUGAGUACAAUGAUAUAAUGAUGAAGAUGGAAUGCCAGACGAAGGAGCUCAAUGAGAAGAUUCACAUGAUUCGUGCGAUUAAGGGGGAAAUGGAGAAGAAGGAGAAGAUGUUUGACGAAGUUCAGCGGCACCUCGAUCAGAAGACGCGCGAACUGAGGGCCACAUCGGAGAAUCUCAAUCGUACGAAUCUCAUUUUGCGCGAUACAAAAGAAACCCUGAGGGUGGUUGAGCAGCGCUACGAGGAAUCCUCGCACCUUGUGCAGGUGCAUCAGAAGACGGAGAAUAUUCUUGCGGGUCAAGCAAGGGAACUCGUUGGGGUGGCUGAUGAGGCAUCAGCCCACACGUAUGGACUGCAUGAUGCCAUCCAGCGACGUCGGAAUGUUGAUGAGGUCAUCAGGGAAACUGUACGAACCUUCGGGGAUGAUCUUCAUGCGGAAAUGGACAUGAUGAAGGAGAGGAUUGUCACCUACUUCAGCGAUAUGUGCUCUCAGUCCGUGGCUAUUGAGGAGGAGUUGGUGAAGAAUCGCAUGCGCAGUCGCGACAAUGCCGAAGAGCUGCGGAAGAAAAUUGAAGAAAUGGAAAAAUCAAAUAAUGCAUCCUCAGAGGAAUCCCAGGAAAUCUUCAAUGCUUUCCGGGGGAAUCUCCUGAGGGCUUCCGAUGAGAAUUUAGCUUGCCUAGUGGGAUUGCUAGAGAAGGCGGAGCAAAAGCAGAAGAAGCAUCAUGAGGAGAGGAAGAUGCAAUUUGAUGAGAUGAGAUCAAUUGAGGAACGAAGUCGACGCAUUGCGGCAGAUUUCUUCGGCAAAUUGCAAGCAUUCCCGAGGAAGAUGCGUGAGAAUACGGAUGCUUUUGUAGCCAAUCACAGGGAAUUCUUUGCACAAGCUAAGCAGUACAAUGAUGUGACGCUCCAUGAACGGAAUGAGGCGAUGAAGAAGGAAGUUGAGGAGAAUCAACGCACACUGACGGAAGUCUACAAGACCAUGAAGGUAAUUGAGGAGAGAAAUCGCGCCCUCCUGACGCAUUUGACGCACAAUGCUAACGAUGGAAAGGCCUUUGCUGAGAAGCUCAGUGCGAACAAUCAUCAAGUGUCGGAUUAUCAUGAAAAUAUCCUCAAUGUCCUGAGCACAGUGGAUGCCGAUCGAUGUGGAGCAGAGCAACGUGCCAAUGAUAUUUCCAAGGAACGCAUGGAAGUUGUUGGGAUUGUUGUUGGACAAAAUGAUAAGAGUAUUGCCAUUCUCCAGGGAGAUGUGAAGGCCAUUGUUCGGGAGAUUGAGACAAAGAAAUCCCACGGAGAGAAGAAUAUUGAGGAAGUUAGUGGGAAAUUGGAUGCAAAUCACCUCAAGGCGAAACAGCAAUUGCACAGAGACACUUCGCACAUCAUUGAGAAGGUAAAACUCGAGGAGGAAGAUGCUGCAGAAUCCCACAAAUCCGUCCAAAUGGAAAUGAGCAAAGCGCGAGAAAAUUCAUUUGAUUUCAAGGAAUCCACAUGCGAAACCAUCCAGAAGAUGCACGACAACAUCACCGAACUCUAUACGACAAAUUUGAAGACUUAUACAUCAACAGGUGAGACGCCAAUUCGAAAGGAAUUCACCUACAAUCGCGUUUUGGCAGCUACGUCGCCUCAUGAGAGAAUUUUGAAUCGUUUCCGGGCAAAUUUGAGAGCAGCCGCCGAAAGCAGCGCAAGAGAUGAUCAGGAGAACAUUGUGGAGGAGGACACAGGGGCACCACUAGUGAUGUCAACACCAAUUUCAACGGCAGCAUCGGUGCUCCCCCCAAAUGAUGAUCGAUGCUUGAGAGAAUUGAAUUUCGACAAAGCACCGAGUUUGGGUAAAAAGAAAGAUGAUCAAACCAAUUUGGCGCCAGACGUGUCGGCGGAGAAAAUAUAAUUAACCCCUCACUUUUUUUUAAAUUUAAAUUUAAUCAAGGAUUUUAUUUUAUGUAAUUAUUUUGUAUUUUUUUUUUAAUCGAGAAAAUUAAAAGAUCCUGAUUGGUAA